CCUAUUGUGACGUAAUAAGUGUAUAAUUUUGGGGUAAUUGUAACUUUUUGCUUAAGUCGACAUUUUAUUCGGUAUUUUUGGCAGCAUGCUUGCUUAAUAUGCCACUAAAAAGAAACAAAGUGGGUAUCGUUACCCAAGACAACGACGAAGGACACAGGGUGUCAUGCGGGAGAAAGAGGCGAGGGCGAAGAUUUAGAAAAUCUUCCGCUGAAAAACAAGAUGAAGAGAAACAAGAUGAAGCUUCAUCUUAUUUGACUGCGGUGCAUUGUAUAUAUGCAUUUGCUUCAUGGUUCGGCAGAGGAAUGGUGAAGGCUAACAAAGUCUUGACAUUCUCUCAAUGCCGUAAAUCGUCGACCGUGGACAUCGUGGACGAGGAUGCUCACAGGGCCGACAAGAUUCCAAAUACUAAAAAGACUCAGAACGAUACCGGAAUUCAAGAAAAUGGAAAGAAUCAUACCGGAAUCGGAACAUCUACGUCCGGGGACGAGCAGGUCCGUAUGAAAUUUUCAGAAGAGGACAAUGCUCUUUUCCCACCACCUGUAAUACCCCAUGUUACAUUGCCAACCUCAAGAAAUACCAGUAGUGACGACGUCGGAAAACUCUCUACAAUGGAAGUUGAAGAAUUGGCGUCUGCAUUAUCGACUUCUCACGGUGAUUCAAAAACAGGAAAUAUGAAAAAUGAGACUGACCACGACAAUGAGAAUCCAUUUGUUGCGCCCCCAGUUACUCCAAAUUCUAAGACCAUGGGAGUGCAGCAAGUCACGCCGCCACCAAACUCUGUUCCAUCCUUUACCACUGGAAUAUUACCGCAGCCUUGUCUGUCGCUCGAAGAACUGGACACAAAGAUUCAACUCAACGCAGUUACAGCAGGAAUAGACGACGAAUUGAUGAAAUUUAUGAAACAAUCAGAAGACCAGAAGAAAUUAUUAAUGCGCGGUUUGGAAUCAAUUGUUUCGGCAAAAUUAUGGUUCGAAAAAAGCUUGAAGUAUGUCAACGAAAAACAGAACCAACUAAAUGUGAAAAGAAAUGGUAGUUCUGAACCAGUGAAAACAGUGAAACCAGCUGAAAAUAUAUGCCACAGAGAUUUUUCUAUCGGAGACGCGUUCGGCAACUUCAAAUUCGACAGCAUAGCUGAGACAGAAAAGCAGAUAAAAUCACUCGUUAAUACAGCGAGAAGACUACAAAAUUUUCUCAGAUCUACAAAGAAACGGGCAACAGACAAGAGAGAUCGACACAGAACUAAGAAAAUUGACAACAAAUCAACACAGACUUGCGGAGUUACAAAUGGAAAACCAAAGGCCGAAGUGGUUUCGAAACUGGACGACCAUAAUUACGAAGCUGACUAUGAAGAUGAGAGUCACGAUGAAGAUUUGAGAAAAUCAUUGAAAAAUUCCACUGGAAAAGAAAAACUGAAGCCAAUCCACGACAUACCUCGACGAGAUUCUACAUCAGCGGAAAUUGACGAUAGAGUAAAAGAGGUGAAGGAAAUAUACGAAUUGAAACAGAACAAGAAGGAGACCAAAGAAGAUCAAGAAAUGGACGUCAAAUACGACGAAUCAUAUUAUGAGGAUGACUUUGAAAGUGACGAUGAUGAUUCAUGCAAAUCAUCUUCCGAGAAAGAUCAGAAAAUGGACGACAAAUACUACGAAGCUUUAUACGAAGAUGAUUUUGAGAGUGACGAUAGUGUUUCUACUAAAUCAUAAGAUAAUUCAGUGAAAUCAAAUGACCAGCAAUCAAAACAACACAGAGGAAGAUUUGAAAUACAGAAUUAUAUCACACCUUGGUCCUUCAAAACAGUAUUACGAAUAGUUCACCAAUAUCCUAAUACUUAA